UACAGAAAGAAUUAAAUUUUAUUUUUAAUUUUUUUAUCUUAUUUUCUUUCUGAAAUCUCGCCAACGCCUUUUCACUCCCCCUCUCUCCCUCUUUCACUGCUCUCCCACUCUCCCUCUGAAUCCCAUCGCCGCUGCUUACACCGUCCUCCAUCACCGCUUGCACUGCCUGUCUUCGCCCACUCCACCGUCGCUCGCACCGCCUUCGCCCCUUCCCACCGCCGUCGCGCCCCCCCCCCCCCCCUAGGCCCUCGCCUGGUACAGCCGUCGCCCCUUCCCCACCCCGCCCCGGGCGCCGCUCACCCCACACCCACCGCCGUUUCAGGUUUGAAAGGAAUGACAAAAACUUGCCAAGUGUGACGUUCUCGUCGAAGAAGCUGAUAGGAAUGGGAUUCAAGUUCAAGUACAGCUGGGGGGACAUGUUCAAAGGAGCCAUUAACACCUGCAGGGAGAAGGGAUUACUUCCCUACUCCUUUGAAACCCCCGCCGAUGACCAUUCCUCCCAAAGCCCUACCACUGGCACCUAGAUUUUGAAUCAUUCACCAAAUAAAAAAGCUAGCUUAAGUAAUGAUCCUUUUUUUUUCUUUCUGUUUUUCUGUUUUUGACAAUUGGCUUUAAGCAAUUGUCUUCUUAAAUGGGCUCUUUUGUUAUCUUUUCAAAAGAAUAAUUGAAUGGAUGAUGUGCUCCCGCUGUGAUUAAAGGAAGAGCCAUGUUAAUGUUUUCUGCAUUUUAUUCUUGAAAAUACAAUAGGUAGUGGAUCAUCAACUUCUCAACUGAAAUUGUUGAGGAAAUGAAUUCUAUUUUGAGGGAAAAUUCAUGUUCUAUCUGGGAAUGAGGGGGAGACAGCUCCAGAUACAAAAAAUGAGAAGUUAUAACAGCUAGAUUUGCCCAAGAAGGGAAGGAAAUGGAACUAAUUAACUUCCUGUAAUUUGGAGAUCUAUGUUACCCCUGUUACAAAAAUUAUUAAGGUAAUCAAAGAGUGAAAUGAUUUCAGGUUUCAAUUGCGAUAAUUGCAGUUGCAGUUGAAUGCCCUAUUGGAAAAUCACCAAAUCGGGUCCAUAAUCAAUCACAUGGCAAAUCAAGUUCUUGCGUUCCAGAGAAACUGCAAUGCCAUUCCCAUGUUCCUAUCAUUCUUACAUCAACUGCUCUAGAAAGUGAAGAAUAAUGGAUGCAUUGAGCAUUUGUGGGAAAACAUUCAUAUGAGUCAAUCCUAAGUAAUCUCCUAUUCAAGACUAAAUACAUUAUUCGGCCUCAAGUAUAUCCGGAUGUUGCAAAUUUGUCAUGACCAGUGAUCAAAUCCCACAGGGCACAAACAUGGUAAAUCACCUCUAAACGGAACCAUUCUCCUUGUUGGUUUAUAUAAUGCAACCUCAAGGAAUAGUAGAAAAAUCAUCACUUCACCUAAUACAAUCCCUAUUUCCAGCCUCAAAUUCUAUCAAUCUUUGUUCCCAAUAUUCCCACCUUCAAACUUUUGCUCUAGCCUUUAGCCAUGGAAGUUUCUCCACCGUCGGCCACCGUAUGUGUCACUGAAGCUUCCGGGUGAAUCGGCUCGUGGCUCGUCAUGAGGUUUCUUCAACGUGGCUAUACUGUUUGCGCAACCGUUCGAGACCCAGGGAACAUGAAGAAGGUGAAGCCGAUGAUGGAGUCGCCAAAUGCCGACACCAACUUGACACUGUGGAAGGCGGAUCUGGGCAAAGACAGGAGCUUCGAUGGGCCAUCGAAGGUUGCUCCCGCAUGUUUCGUGUGGCCAUGCCCAUGGGCUUCGACUCAAAGGACCCUGAUGUUCGACGGCGGUGGUGUGGGCGACCAGGUGGGGACAACGGCGAGCGGUGCAAGCGGUGAUGGCGGACAAUGCAAGCGGCGAUGGCGGACAGUUGGUAUUAGCCGUGAAAGAGGGAGAGAGGGGGAGUGAAAAGGCGUUGGCGGGAUUUCAGAAAGAAAAUAAGAUAAAAAAAUUAAAAAUAAAAUUUAAUUCUUUCUGUAAAGCUUCCUGUAAAACUUUUCUGUACAAGUAGCAUAAUCCUUAACCAAUAGCUACACUACAGUUUGGCUAUCACACUAUAUAAUUUAAGUUCAGG